AUGAAAGAGGAACACCACGGAGCAAACUUCUCACAUACCAAGUUCAUUUUUGUUGGAUUUCCAGAGAUCUUCCAAUACAGACGUGUGCUUUUCCUGCCAUUUUUUUUCAGUUACAUCAUAGUUCUGGUUGGAAAUUCCUUAUUGCUGUUUGUGAUUAAAAAUACGAAGAGUCUUCAUAGUCCAAUGUAUAUGCUGGUAUCUGUCCUAGCUGUGAUAGACAUUAUUGUACCUACUGCAAUUAUUCCUGCAGUGCUUCUCAGUUUCCUUUUUGACUUAAAUGAAAUAACUUUAGCUGGAUGUUUGACACAGAUGUUUCUCAUUCACUUCUUUUCCUCUGUAGAGUCUACCAUUCUUUUAGCAAUGGCUCUGGAUCGCACUGUGGCUAUCUGUAAUCCACUUCGAUACACUGCAAUCAUGAACUCAUCUAUGUUUUUGAAACUGCUGCUUUUCACAUUGAUCAGGAGUGGUACGAUUAUGUCCACUUUGGUUGGUUUAGCUUCACCUUUGUCUUUUUGUGGGUCCAAUGUUAUCCAUCAUUGCUACUGUGACCACAUGGCUCUUGUUAGCUUAGCAUGCAAUUCAACUGCAAAGAACAAUGCAAUGGGGGUUGCUGUGAUCAUUUGUUUUGUUGGAAUUGAUAUAUCGGUCAUUUUCUUCUCUUACGUGAAGAUUUUAUAUGUUGUACUGAGAGCUGCAGCAGGUGAGCAUAGUUCGAAAGCCUUCCAUACCUGUGGUACUCACUUAAUUGUCAUGAUGUGUUUUUAUUUUGUGGGAAGUGUUACUUUCCUCUCACGUAACCUUAGUAUUCCAAUUCCAGUGGAUGUUAACACAUUUCUGGGUGUCACAUAUAUAGUUUUUCCUGCAUGUGUCAAUCCAAUUAUUUAUGGUGUCCGAACCAAAGAGAUAAGAAAUGCACUGUUAAAAAUGUUCAAAACACGUGUAAACAGAGUCACGGUUAAGGUUUCAACAGUGAAAUUCUGA